AAAACUUUUAGUUAAUUAAUUUUAAUUAAUUAAUUAAUUAUUAGUUUAAGUGUUAGCUAAAUAUUAGUAAAGAACUCAUUCGAAUAUUUAAAAAUUAACAUGAUUAGAGCAAAGUCAAGAGUUUAAAUUGCUCCUUCUGAUCAAACAGAUUUGAAGGAAGAUAGUAGACAAGUUAAGAUGGUAGAAAGAGAUGAAAAUUAAUAGAAGUUAAUGCUAUCUGAUUUUUCAAAUUAAAAAGGAAGCGAUUAUGAAUUCUAAUAGCUAAAUGCUCCAAAAGAAUCAAAGAAUCAGUGUUUGUAAGACAAUACAAUCAAAAUGAGUUUUUACAACAAUAUGAUUUUCAGCAGGAGAUUCUUUUAUAUAAAGCGCUUCAUAAAAAUAAUAAAGUCGCAUUCUACUUAUUACAGAUUUACUCAAACUAGAAAGCGAUUCUUACAGAUUAUUGAUGAUUAUGCAUUUGAUUAUGAUGUUUAUUUCUACAAGAGAAUUUUCUAAAAUGAGCAGCCUACAAGAUUGCAGUUUAUUAUGAAAAAAAUGGAGAAUUGGUUUGUUAAAAGGAUACAUCCUUUAGAUCAAAAAUCAGGAGCUAUAAUCUUACCAAGUUCUUAUGUUAAUAGAAUUUGGAAUAUCAUUUAAUUUGUAUCUCUACUAAUAUAUAUCAUAUAUCUGCCAGUGAGAUUAGCUUUUGAUAGUCUUUAUCAAAAUUAAGACUGCUUUACUGCGUUUGAAGUUUUACCAAAUGUCAUCCAAAUUAUUAAUAUGGUGUUAGAGUUCAACAUAGGAUUUUAUAAGCAUGGAUAGAUUAUUUUGGAUAGGUGGGAAAUAUGUAAAAAUUAUUUAUCAAAGAAAUUCAUAUUUAAUUUAGUCUUAAAUACUUUCUGGUUGAUUUCUUUGCAUUCUGGUGUGUCAAUUUGGUUAAAGUGCUUUGGACUGGUUCAUAUUUUUUCAUUGAUUCAGCUAACAAAGGAGUUAGAGCAGGCGAAUUCUCUUAGAGAAACGUAUGGAAAUGUUUUUGAACUCUUAAAGUUAAGCGGUUUUAUUUUUCUUUGUGCUCAUCUCGCAUGUUGUUGUUGGUAUGCACUUGCUGUUUAUGAAUAAGGUAUUGGCAUAGCUAAUUCAUGGCUUACAAAGGACAUUUAGACCUACGAAACAGAUUUAGAUAUCAAUGAAAAACUUCAAGGAUAUAUUGCUGGAAUUUAUUACUGUAUACUCACAAUGACUACAAUAGGAUAUGGUGACAUCACACCUUACACAUUCAGAGAAAGGAUUUUUGCUUUAGUUUUUUGUGUUUUGUCCUGUUUCUUAUUUGCAUUUACAAUGGGAUCGAUAGGCGAAAUUCUUAAAUAGUUCUCUUUGAAGGGAGAAGAAUUUAAAUAAAAAAUGGAAAUGCUUAAUCACUACAUGAAAAAGAGAAAUUUAAGCACCGAUUUAUAAGUCAGAGUUAGAAAAUUUUAUGAAAACUAGAAUGUUGAAUAAUCUGAAAAUAAUGAGCAUGGGUCUAAAUUAAUUGACAAUCUGACUCCAGAAUUGAGAGAAGAUGUCUAAAAAGAUAUUUAUUAGCACCUCUUCAAAAAUAUAAGUUUCUUUUAAAAAAAUUUUUCAGAAAGACUGAUCUAGAAUAUCUACAGAAUAGUGGAAGAAAAACAAUUUUAGAGUGAUGAAAAGAUAUUUGAGGAAGGUCAAAAAUCAAAUAAACUCUAUGUAAUCAUAAAGGGCUAAGUUUAAAUUGUGUUAUAGGGUAGACAUACUCUAAAAACUUUGCGUGAAGGUGAAGUUUUAGGUUUGUCUGAGUUCUUUUCUUAGCAACCUUAUCCAUUUUCUGCAAAGGCAAGUAGAAAUACUUAAUUCGCUAUUAUAAAAUAUGAUGAUUUUAUUAAACUUGCAGCAGAGCACAAAUAAGAUCAAGAAAUAUAUUGCAAAAUCAAAGACCUAAUCUUGCUUAACAAUAGCUUAAAUUAAAUAGAAGGAAUAGCUUGCGAAAGCUGUGGCUAGACAGAUCAUAUUUUUUAAAAUUGUCAAAUGAUCAGUCUCAACUAAAAUUAUAAAAAAAAUGCUGUAGAGCAGAAUAAAAGAAAGUAAAUCACCAGAUAGGAAUGGGUGAGGAGAACAUAAAGUUAUUAAGCUCUUAUAAAUAAAUAACUGAUUGAAAUAAGAGCAUUUGAGCUUACUGUAGAAAUAGAUCAAGAACAAAAAAGAAAAUCUAUUCUACCAAAUUAAGCAUUUGCUGGAAAAGAAAUAUCAAGUAAAAAUUCGUUAGGAUUUGAAUUAAAUGAUAAAAAAUCAUUUGAUUAAAUUGAGGAGGAUUCAAAUAAUUUAUUUGAUGAUUUGGGUGUAGAAUCUAGUUUUGAAAAUGAAUCAGAAGAAGAGAAUGUGAUUGAAAGCUUAAAUAACAUUUAAAAAGAAUAUUCUUUAGAAAAUACUAUAAAUCAAUAAAAAAACUAAAACACUUUGAAUGUACCAAGUAUUGUUUUAAAUUAAUAUACAAAAUAUUCAAAUAAGAAUGAAGAAGUAAAUAAAGAAAAUAUUUCCUCUAAUUAAAAGUUAAAUCCAUAAAACCUAAGAAAAAAAUAAGCUAGUUUAACUUUUAAAUAAAACAAGUAGUAAUUUAUAAGCAGUCCGAAAGGCGAUUCAAAGCAUAGAUAAACAAUCUUAGAUAACUUAAAGAGAUAAGUUAAUGAUGAACUGUAGCAAAAAUAUAACAUAAUUGUAUAAAAGACAGUAAUAUCAGCUGAAAAUGAUUACAAAAUUAAGAACGAGAAAGAAGAGAUAGAAAAUUAUAAUUUUGAAAUGCAAUUUGAUUAGAUGAGUUUGUUUAAAUUUUAUCUCGUUCAUAAUAACUAUGAUAUUGUUUUAAACUAGUUUAAUCAGAUAGUUAAUAAAAAUCAACUCUAUCAAUAGCUCAUAAUUAAAUCUUAAAGAAAAAAAUAUAUAAAGGAUUAAACUUUGAAACGACAAAAGCAAAGAGAACUAGCCUAUAAGAAAGUUCCAACAUCUUAAAAAUAUUACUUAAUGAAACAAAGAAAUUCAAGAUUUAUUAAAGAUUAAAUUCAAUUUUUUUAAAAAAUUGAAGAAAACUUCUAAUAACCUAUCAAAGAAUGAAAAUAAAUUCUUCAAAAAAAUUAGCUUUAAUUUGUUAAUUGAAAAUUAUUUAUAACCAUUUAUAAUUUUAUAAUCUAAAUAUAUUUGUCUUUGUUAUAUUUAUUAAAAAAAUAUUUCAAGCCAUC